UGUUGGUUGGUUGGUUUCACGUGUGCAGUGCUUGGAGGUGGAGGCUAUGAAGGAGAUGUGUGGAAAUUCUAUGCUGGAGAAUCUGCCUCAGAAGCACUAUGGAAUAACAUCUCCAAUUAGUUUGACUCCUCCUAAGGAAAUAGAUUAUAUUUACACUCAGAAAUUAAUUGAAGCCAUGAAGCCAUUUGGAGUAUUUGAAGAUGAAGAAGAACUAAAUCACAGGCUGAUUGUUCUUGGUAAAUUGAAUAAAUUAGUCAAAGAAUGGAUUUCAGAACUCAGUGAGAGUAAGAACCUCCCACCUUCAGUUGUAGCAAAUGUUGGUGGGAAAAUAUUCACGUUUGGUUCCUAUAGACUUGGAGUACACACCAAAGGUGCUGACAUAGAUGCUCUUUGUGUUGCUCCUAGACACAUGGAAAGAUCAGAUUUCUUUCAGUCGUUCUUUGAAAAGCUAAAGGUUCAAGAUGGAAUCAGGAAUUUAAGAGCGAUAGAAGAUGCGUAUGUACCAGUUAUCAAGUUUGAAUUUGAUGGUAUUGAGAUUGAUCUUGUGUUUGCAAGGCUGGCUGUACAGACUAUUUCUGAUAACUUGGAUCUUCGAGAUGAUUCACGUCUAAGGAGCCUGGAUAUAAGAUGUAUACGAAGCUUAAAUGGUUGCAGAGUUACUGAUGAAAUUCUGCAUUUAGUGCCACACAAGGAGAACUUCAGACUAACGCUUAGAGCAAUUAAACUGUGGGCAAAACGACGUGGUAUUUAUUCCAAUGUGCUGGGAUUUCUUGGUGGUGUUUCCUGGGCAAUGCUGGUAGCAAGAACAUGUCAGCUCUAUCCAAAUGCAUUGGCAUCUACUCUAAUUCACAAAUUCUUCCUAAUUUUUUCAAAAUGGGAAUGGCCAAAUCCUGUGUUGCUCAAACAACCUGAAGAUAGCAAUCUAAAUUUGCCAGUCUGGGACCCUAGGGUAAACCCAUCUGACAGAUAUCAUCUAAUGCCCAUAAUCACGCCAGCCUAUCCACAGCAGAACUCUACAUAUAAUGUGUCUACUUCAACACGAGCAGUAAUGGUAGAGGAGUUCAAGCAAGGUCUUGCUGUCACAGAUGAAAUUCUCCAAGGAAAAUCAGACUGGCCAAAACUCCUUGAACCACCAAACUUUUUUCAAAAGUACAAGCAUUAUAUUGUGUUGACUGCUAGUGCCUCUACCGAAGAGCAUCAGUUAGAAUGGGUUGGUCUAGUUGAAUCUAAAAUUCGUGUACUUGUUGGGAACUUGGAAAGGAAUGAAUUCAUAAACCUUGCACAUGUUAAUCCUCAGUCUUUCCCUGUCAACAAGGAACAUUGCGAAGAGAGCAACUAUGUAUCAAUGUGGUUCCUUGGAAUAAUUUUUAGGAAAAUGGAAAAUGCAGAAAGUGUUAACAUUGACUUAACAUAUGAUAUACAAUCAUUCACAGAUACAGUUUAUAGGCAGGCAAAUAACAUCAAUAUGCUAAAAGAAGGCAUGAAGAUUGAAGCAACUCAUGUGAAGAAAAAGCAACUACAUUAUUAUUUGCCUGCUGAAAUCUUGCAGAAAAGAAAGAAGCAAAGCAUACCAGACAUUGGUCGAAACGUUAGUGGACUUCCAUCCAAAAGGGCUUCAGUGGAUGUAAGCUCUUUGGAUGGUUCCACAACCACAGACGCAGGAACACGAUAUAGCUCCCCUUCUUUGUUAAACAGGAUCUCUAAAUUGGACAACAACUCUCUGAUAGAAACAGAAAGGAACACUGUACUUCAGAGAACCAAUGCUGCUACCAAUAGAGAGAAGCCAUUGAAUGUCACUAUGCCAUCAGUGCCUGUUAAAGGACUAUCCAUUCCAGUUAUUGGUUCAAAGACCGAGAUUGCAGGUACAACAAAAGCAGUCCUACUUCCAACUGGAUGCACCAUACCUACAGUAAUAGGACGAAAUGUGAUUCCUCGACUUAUUACACCUCCUUCUGCACAGGGACAACAGCUCCUAAAUGGAAUUUCAACUAUAAACUCUAAAAAUGCUGCACCUAAAAGACCUCAUUCACCUUCCUCAGAAGAAUGCACUAAAAGACUUAAAGAUAUAGAAAAGGUAAAAACACACUUCAGAAUGGAAUCAAAGGGAGAGAGAGUUGGAGAGAUGUGUAUAGAUAAACUCCAAAAGACUCUGCAGGAUAGCUGUGGAGGAGGGGAAUCCAUGCCUAUUCCAACUAUUGACGCAUCAAGAUCACAGAGACUUGCCAGUAAAGAACUACCAGAUUCAUCUUCUCCUGUUCCAACAAAUAAAAUUCGUGUCAUUAAACAUUCAAUCAGAUUGACCCUUAACCGGUAACUACAGUGCCUUUUCAGGUAAAGAUAAUAUGCGCUUUGUUUAGUGGUUUACACAAGCAAUUAACUUUUAUACUGCAGUUGCUGUCCCACGUAAAAUAUGGAGAUACUGCCACCGAAUUGGAGAUAUUUUUCCAGUUAUUAAUUUUUGUCUGCAUUUUGACCUGCAGAUGCUGUAGGAUACUUCCAUUACUGUAUAGCUUUUCCAAGAUUGCCUGCUGACAAGCCACUGUCGACAAAAUCAUGGCUUUUGUCUUUUUUAAUUGCCUUUAGUUUAAAUAUUUGCUACUUCUGACUGAUCUACUUCUUAUUUUGAACACCCUUCCAACAGCAGUCCUUGUUUUUUUUAAAUUCUUGUGUUAUAAUCAUUGUCUUGAGAUGAAAAAAAUUGUUCUGAAAAAUACAAAAAAAAAAAGUCCCGUGAUACCAUUUUUCUGAAUGUAUGUAAACAUGUUUACUUUAGUCACUGGAGCCACAUUCUGGUUAGAAGUGUGUGUAUGAAAGUCCUAGUAUUGUUUCUGCUUUCCUAAUGGUGUAGAUAUACAUUAUUUUGUGAACUUCAAUUAUUUUUUCUGGUUUGGCACACAUUCUUUUCUACAUCUGUCACGCUGAUGCUCCGCAUCUAUAGGCAAUAGCUUUAUGGUAUUUAGCACGUAGCCAGGCACUACCCAAGUUUUACAGACUGCCUCCCAUGGAGGCCCAAAAAAUCAAUCCUUAAUUUAAAAAUACAAAUUCAACCAUUAAGGAUAUCUGCCAAGAUACUGAAAUGGUAGGGAUGUCUUAUGCUAUGGAAUCUGAUUCUUGUAAAUCUUGUUCUGAAACAGGCUUAGGACUUCCAGUUUUCACUGGUUAAUUAAACAAAUUUCCCCACAGCAACAAAUUUCUUACCCAAAAUACUUUGACAUAGCUAAAUAUUGAGACUAGGAAAAACCUGUUGUGACAUUACGGUCUACUCAUUCUGCAGUUAUGCAGAACAAUUCUUCACUGAUUAGGCAUGCAGAAACAGAUAUUGGUUUCAAUAAAAUGCCUGAAAACAUUUCCUUUUGAAUAACAAUGGUUAUGGAACUCUGGCUUAGGACCAUUGCAGUCUUCAUGUAAACAAACAGAAUCAUAAUACACCUUACCCAGUUAAAUAGAGUGAAGUUUCAGGGGAAAAAUGCAUCUUAUACAAAGCAAAUCCUAGACUAUGUACUUUCUCUUGUAAUUUAUUUAAUGUUUUGUAAAUGAAGUCGUGUGUAUUUUCAGAGUAUUUUUUGUAUGUACUGUAAGAUAACAUCUUUUCAAAAAGAAAAGUUUAAAAACUUUA